AUGUCGCGCAGAGCAUCGACACUUGGUGGUAGCGUUCCGACAUCGCGCGGAACCGAGGCAGCGAUGGUUGACAUCGUAAGUCGGCACCUGGCGGCGGAGCCGGCCAGCUCGCUGCAGCUGCAAGGGGGUGACAUAACGCGGGAGCUGUACCGGUGGACUGCGGAGCGGCCCGGGAGGCGGCGGUCACACAGCUACGGGGGGUCGCGGGCGCCGUCGGUGCACUCUAUGGGAGCGCGGGACAUGCGGGCGCCCAACGGGUUCCGGAGGAGCUACAUGAUGGAGCGCGGUGGGGUGCUGACGGGCAGUUUCAUGGAGUUCCUGAGCCUUUACGGGCACUUUGCGGGCGAAGACCUGUCGGAGGACGAGGAUGAUGCGCUGGCGGACGCCGCAGUACUGUUCGAGGAGGAGGAGACGCUGCUGCAGGGCCGGCGGCGCAGCUACGGGACGGACAGCGGGGAGGCCGGCGGCGCGUCGGUUUUCCGCACGGUGCUGCUGUUGCUGAAGUCGUUUGUGGGGACCGGCGUGCUGUUUCUGCCGAAGGGCUUCCACAACGGCGGGUGGCUGUUCAGCACGGGGGCACUGGUGUUCUGCGGGGCGGCGUCGUGCGUGUGCUUCAUGCUGCUGAUUGCGGCGAAGGAGCAGGAGGGCGUUGGCGGCUACGGGGACCUGGGGCGGCGUGUGUGCGGCGUGGCGAUGCAGCGGACGGUGCUGGCGUCGAUCGUGCUGUCGCAGCUGGGGUUUGCUGCGGUCUAUGCGGUGUUCACUGCCACCAAUCUGCAGGUCGUGUGCAGCACGCUGUUUGGCUGGCACGCGUCCACCGGGGUAUAUGUUGCUGCGCAGGCCGCAGUGUACCUGCCGCUGGCGCUGACCCGCAGGAUCACGAAGCUGUCUGCCACGGCGCUCCUUGCGGACCUGUUCAUCCUGUUGGGGCUGGUGUACGUCUACUACUUCAGCGCGUCGCAGGUGGUGCAGCACGGCGCAGCGACCGACUCGAUGCUUGCCUUCAACCCGAGCUCGUGGACCGUCUUCCUCGGUACAGCCAUCUUCACGUACGAGGGUGUGGGGCUUCUGAUUCCGAUUCAGGAGUCCAUGCGCAGCCCGGAGAAGUUCCGCCGUUGCCUGCUGUGGGUGAUGGUCGCAGUCACGGCAGUGUUCAUCUCCUUCGGCAUGCUGUGCUACGCCGCGUUCGGAGCCAAGGUCGAGACCGUGAUCCUGCUGAACUUCCCGCAGGACAGCGCACUUGGCACCGGAGUGCAACUCCUGUAUGCGGCUGCCAUAAUGCUCUCGACGCCUCUGCAGCUUUUCCCCGCCAUCAGGAUUCUGGAAAACGUCGUCGUCACCACCUCGCGCUCCGGCAAGUACAGCACGAAGGUCAAGUGGAUCAAGAACUGGUUCCGCGCGCUGGUCGUCGUGCUCAUGCUUGUCCUUGCCUCGCUGGGCUCGAACGACCUCGAUAAGUUUGUCUCGUUGAUUGGCAGCUUCGCAUGCAUCCCAUUGAUCUAUGUAUACCCACCUUUGCUGCACUACGUGGUCUUCCGAGGCACGGGUACCGUUUCCCAAGUUGCGCUAGCGCUUGAUUUGGCGGUGAUGGCCUUUGGGCUCGGCAUUAUGGGCUAUACUACCGUACAAACAGUAGUGCAGUGGUAUGGCUGA